CAGAUAACAGUAAGACCAUGGAGCUCAGUGAGGCCAGCGUGAAUGCUGUCAAAAUGAGUAAAGAGCGGAAGAAACUCAUCCGAAAACAAAUGAAAGCAUGCCAUAUUUUACUAAAACAUGACGGUAUUAAAACAGCAUCGCACGUCACUAAGAGUCUGGUGGUGGCUAACGGUGGGCUGGGGAAUGGGGUGAGCCGAGAGCAGCUGUGUGCAGCCAUGAAGGAGAUGGGUGAGCUGGAGACCAUUAUCAUGUCUCCUCAUAAACCAUAUGCCUUUGCUACAUACAGUUCAGAGCAGAGUGCCCAGAAAGCUCAUGGCCUUCUCAAUGGACACCUGUUGCAUUGUGGAGACAACAGUGUGACACUCUACCUCAGUUUUGUUGAUUCAGUACCCUGUGAGGCAGAGGAGCAUGUGCCUCUCCCAGAAGGCCUCUCAUUGGUCGAGGACUUCGUCUCUUCAGAGGAAGAGGCUUUGCUGUUGGCAGCUGUCGAUUGGGUCACGUUUGAUGAUGACACAGCUCAGAAGGCUUUGAAACACAGACGAGUGAAGCAUUACGGUUAUGAGUUUCGCUACGACACAAACAAUGUGGAGAAAGACAAACCUUUAUCGGUCGGCCUUCCUGAUGAGUGUGUGCCUAUACUGGAGAGAUGUUUGAAGGACGGACACAUCGGAGCCAUGCCAGACCAACUGACUGUCAAUCAAUACCAGCCGGGACAAGGUAUCCCCCCUCACGUUGACACUCACUCAGCCUUUGAAGACACCAUCCUCUCUCUGAGCCUUGGAUCCAAGACGGUGAUGGAGUUCCGUCAUCCAGACGGCCGCGUGGUGGCUGUGCUGUUGCCAGGGCGAAGCCUCCUGGUGAUGAAGGGGGAGAGCCGCCACCUCUGGAGCCACGGGAUCACGCCCAGGAAGUUUGACAUGGUGCCUGCCUGCGACCCCGAACCCCCUGCAGCGAUAACCCCUGACCUGGGAAAUCCAGGCAAUCUAACCCUGAGCAAGAGGGGCACCCGCACCUCGUUCACCUUCCGCAGGAUCAGGCGAUCGCCCUGCCAAUGUGCGUUUCCCUCCGCGUGUGACAGCCAGGGAGCUCCGUCCUCACUUCCCUCGGCCCCAUCACUCCCGCGUUGCCAAGGCGAUGCGGCCCGCCUGGAGGAGGAGUACGUGCACCGCGUGUACGACGCCAUCGCCCCCCACUUCAGCGGCACGCGCCACUCGCCCUGGCCGCGAGUGUGUGACUUCCUGUCCUCCCUGGUGCCUGGCGCUGUGCUGGCCGACGUGGGCUGCGGAAACGGGAAGUACCUGGGAGUCAACCCGGAAGUAGUGGCGUUGGGUUGUGACCGUAGCAGUGCCCUGGUCCACAUCUGUGCAGAGAGGGGUUUUCAGGCGUUUGUGUCUGAUGCCCUCAACGUCCCCAUGCUCACUGCCUCAUGUGAUGCAUGCAUAUCUAUUGCUGUGAUACACCAUUUUUCCACACCGGAGCGUCGCCUGGCUGCAGUCAGGGAACUGAUGAGGCUGCUGAAGCCCGGAGGUCGGGCUCUCAUCUAUGUAUGGGCUCUUGAACAGGAAUACAACAAGCAGAGGUCAAAGUACCUCAAACACCAGAGCAGGGAACCUUCCGGAAGCCCAAACACUGCAGAGGGCCAAUCAGAGGGCAGCGCAUCACCCAAGAGGACUGUAAAUAGCCACGGCGACGUAGGCAUCACAAAUGUUGACAGACUAGAUACAGAGGUCAGUGGCCCCAUAGAUCAGAGGCCAGGCGAGGACCAGGUGCACCACGGGAAACUGAGUGUCCACACCAACCGCACCGCUUUCAACUCCCAGGACUUGCUGGUUCCCUGGCAUCUGAAGGAUGGGAAGGGCAAGGCGGGAAAGGGAAGGAAAGGAGGGAGAGAAGCUGGGAACCGUGACAUGAUAAGAGAAACGGCCUUGGCUGUUUCUAAAGAUAACCCCUCGAUCGCCGAAAAUAUCUUGCCUUCUAUCGGGCCUGCUUCAGACUGCAAGACUGAACCAACUGAUUCCAAUCAACGGAGCACACACCCAGACUCAAUGUCGGCUAAGGUUGCGACCCCUAAUGCUUGUCUGGAUUCCAGCCUGCCAUCCUCAACAAAGGAUACUGAUCAUGCAUGCAAAUCCUGUCCCGGUUUUGAAGCUGCUGCUACACCCGCUAUCCCAGAGUCCAGUACGGCGGCAGCUGUAUUCCACCGCUAUUACCAUGUCUUCCAGCAGGGAGAGAUUGAGAAGGUGUGUUGUCAGGUAGAUGGUGUCAGAGUUCAGACCAGCUACCAUGACCAGGGCAACUGGUGUGUGAUACUGGUGAAAGACUGAACAAAUGAAUACAAGAACCGCUGCCCAACAAACGUAUGUUAUAAACAUAUGCCCCCCCUACACACUCACACAUAGAGCUUGGAUAAAAUGAUGAGCCAUGUGCCUCAGUUUUACAUGGCGUAUUAACUAUUAUUAAUAAUCCUCCUGCACAUAUGUGCCGAUUGGUUGAUUGAUCCUAAACAUGUUAUUAUGUUAAAAUUACGUGAACCCCAUAUCUAAUAAAUUUUUAAUUGUUCUCUGUUGUCUGCUGUAUUGUAAGUAUUUCAUAAAUUCUGCUUGGGUCACACGGGGCCAAGAGGCAGUUUCCAUGGUGGGAGCCAAACUCCCUAUAUUUAGAUCAGCAAGGAAGAGCAGACCUAGAUAAAUCAGUGUCAGCAAAUAAUUGUUGCCACGUGUUUUGAUUUAGUGUGUUGCUCAGCGGAACUUUGGGUUUCCUGGAACAUUUUGACAAAUUGCAAGCUCUCAAAGAUGAAUUUAGUUCAUUUUAUUGUUUUAGUUCCCCCAUUAUGGAAGGCUUCCGAGGCAGCGAGACACUGGCUGAAAUUGGGUUGUGCACCUCGUCUCGUCCAGCGUCUGCUAUGCAACACAAGACAAAUCAAACCCCUGAUAGCCUGAAUUGGACAUCUUCCGGGACAAUCUCGCCUCCUGCUCCGCCCCGUUAACAGAAAAAGAGACAGCGGUCGGUAACUCACAACAGCCUCCUUAGAUCCGAUUAAGAUUCCUCUCCCCGUGUCCUCAUGCAGUUCAAUACCAUGAAUCCUUGGUCUACUUUGCUUCUGCUUCCUUCCCCCCGUCUUCCUAUCUCGAGCUCACAUCCUAGCCCAGCCUCCCACAUUUGCUGUGGCUGAAAUACAUUCACCAGGUCAUGUUUGGUGCCCACAGUCUGAGUCGGAGCGAAAGUGUCACGUUUGAGGGAGGGAUGAUUUGCUCAGGUUGGAUAGGUGGGAAAAGUUGACAGAUUUAGCUGAAAGUGUGGUCCAAAUUAUAUUCAAUUUAUUGUAAUUCCAGAAAUGGACCAGAGUGCCCUACAUUUUUGCAGGUGUAAAAUAAAAACUAUUUCACAAUUUAUUCUUUGUUUAAUCAAGAUUUAUAUCAUGAGUAUCAAUACAUUUAAGCAUCGACACACAUUUACCACAGUAUUGUUGGAUUAUUUAUUUUGUACCCUCUCUGACUCUCAUCCUCCCUCACCCCCCUACAUAACACCUUUACCCUGAGGGUUUUCUCCCAGACGAUUUGAAAGACAAUGAAUUACAAGAAAUUACAUGUGGUUACUUCAAACCCACCUAGACCUACAGAGUCAAACAUGCUGGGACGAUGGCCAGAGACUGCUGAGAUCCACCAGCAGACGUUUGGUGGUUGAUAAUGGUAAAUUGUCUUGUGUGUGCGUGCAUCCAAGCACACAUGACUACACACAAUGUAGUCAUGUUCCCAAGAUGGUCUACAAAAAGCGCAUGCUGGAUACUUUGCCCGUGCCCUUUUUAUUUCAUGCAGGCUGUAUCCACAUGUUAUAAAUCAACUCACAAAAGUGAAAAUAAAUGGUUGUCACAUUGAGAAGUGUCUACUUUAAAUUGGUUAAAAAAUGUACGCGUUACAUAACAAUCCAGAAAACCCGCCGCCCCCCCCCCGUUUACUUGUAUUUGGUUUACAGGCCAGUCUUUACCUCUCCAAUAUGGCGGCCACGUUGACGUCUUGCAUCGAACGGCCGAAGCAUUGCGGCGUCGCUGAAUCAACGCCCCUCCUUCAUGCCCGUUCUGUGAGCACUCAGAGACCUUCCUGCAGAAGUCGCAAGUAGUGGU